AUGGUCUGUCUCCUGUGUGAACUGCGUCUCCCCCCUACGCAAACGGCAACCGAACAAGAUGAUCUCGAUGCUGAGUACUCCAGAGUAGAACUACGGGCUUGUCUAGAGGCUUUGCUCUACCUGUCGGGUGCACUGAAAUUCCUCACCGCAUCCCCCAAAACUGGAGACAUCUUCUGCCAGGAGACGACAGCUCACGCACUGACUAGCAUUCAUGCGGACCUGGAAGCAAAAUCUGCCGAACUGGAGGCUCGUAUUUCACUCAGUGGUGCCCAAGCCACACACGCCAUGGUCUCGUGCACUGAGCUGGCGAAGAGCAUGUACGAUGUCCUCUUGCAGGUAAAUCUGCUUUUGCCUGUGGUGCAGCUCUGGUGCCUAGACAUACUUGAUUGUCCUGGCUGGACGGUUUCCCUAAUUGGUCACCGAACGACAGCUACUUAUGUUGUGGUCGAUAUCUAAAUGUAUGCAACUGUCAGUGGAAAAAGAUGAUGCCGACGGUCGUGGUCGGAGUGGUGAUGGAGGCGAUGACGAUGAUAAUGAUGGCGAUGAGGACGAUGGCAGCGUCGUUAGAGAACGGUACCAUUGUAUAUUCCCGACCGAAAUCGACAGGACAACAGGCCCGUGGCCCAGUGGUUAGAGGUGUUGGACUUCUAACUAACAGGUCGCGAGUUCGAGCCCCAGGUGUUGCACACUCCGGGGUUGGAUAUGACUGGUUGAAGACGGCUAAUAAGCCAGAAAUGGCCAUUCCAGUCGCCCUUGUCUUUGUCGGUAAUAACAUUCUGCCCAUACUACAUACAAUCUACUACUACUUGGAUCGAAUUCCCGUCCCCUACCGUUGUGGACAUCAGCUGAGGACCUUUCGCCCUAGGCUUCUGACUUCCGAGUGCGUUGGCUACGGAUAACUUCCAAUUCCCUAUACAAUUGCACGCAAAGUUGUAAAUUCCAGGUCCUUUUAAAAAAUAAAUAAGGUAGUCCGAUCUCCAGGCCAAUCAUUUUAUUAGUCUCAGACUUCGGAACCAAGCCAGCGUCCACCCUCAAAGACCAUAAAAAGAAGAGCGGUCCCACCUGAGCUGCUUUUGUAGUGGCCGUCACCGUCGCAUGUCUGCCCUGGGCGCCCUUCGCCGGAAACGCGAUCCCCUCAUCAGAAUGUGACAGCCCAGCAAGUGAUAGGCGGGAAACAGAUCUCAGUGUCGGUUGAAAGAUGUGUUGUCCGAAUUUCGGACCUCUAGUAGCCCCCAGUCUGUCUUACGGCCCGUCUGGAAUUAUCCUUUUGUCCGCGACGUCUAAUUUACUACCCGCUCCCUUCCAGGGGGUGAGCAGCGACCUGGGACAGCUGGUCACUCCUCUGCAAUACCGGUUGUUGACAAUAGAAGCGAAGAGACGAGUACCAGGAAGUAGUCUUGAGGAAGGAGACACAACGGCCGCCACACAUUCAAAUUCGACGAGGCCGAAAUUUUCGCAAGAGGUAACAACCGCGUGAGCCGGGAGUUACUUGAAUCAUGAUUUAGUGGCCCCCAGUCCAUUAACAAGUGCAAUGACCUUCCCCUUCCAUACUCGGUGCUGAGACUUCGCAUAGGUGGAAUAAUUAGCCACGCGGGGAGCGCACAAGUGAACACUUUUCCCAACUCCAGGGUCGGUGCGUUAGAUGGUCGAGCAAUUAUCACACCAGUAUCCAACGCACGUGAUGAAAUUGCAGCAAUUAACGAGGCGAAUGUCGGCCAUCAAACAGUCAUCACACCAAGUGCAACGAUCCCUGAUGAAGGGGGGGGUGUGAAUGUUCAUAGGUAUGCGGUAGCAUGGCGACAGCCCCUUGUGCAUGAACCACCCGUAUCUGCUGUUGUCUCUGAUGAUGGGUUCGAGCAGGAAUCCGAAACGUCAGGCUAAUAAAGCUCUUGUCCCAGCGAUCGUGUCUCCUUCUUUCAUACCGGUUAUUGCUCAGGUGUAUUCGUGAGCACUCCUUUCGUGUUGCCUGACUUGCCAUUUUUUAGAGAGAUGUAACGAGUGGGGUCUGGUGAACGUCUUCUCUCGUAAAAUAUCCUGGUCCAUAAAGUCCUAUUAAGUAUUACGGGCUUACGUCGUACACGCAUGAGGAUCAAGCCAUCGGUACUAGUCGAUUCCACGACCAAUGUCAAAUAUCCUGCAUGGCCUAUGAAUCUAGAAUUCGGGACUCUUAACAGCUAGAACUAGUUCCUAUUGGAGGAGGAAAUUAAAUGGCUUAAUCGUCAUAUGAAUACCAUACAAAUAGCAACUGAGUCGCAGAUCGGCGAUACCUCCAUGCCUACCGUAACAUAGUAAAUGUUUACAAUGCACAAAUGUGCAGAGGGUGUGACGAAGAUUUCCAAAUAAAAUGUAGACAACUGAGGGGAUAGUGCUCUUUGAAACGGUACUAAGGAUGAAGACUGCCGAGUUAUCAUCACUUUUAUUACCUAAAUUGGGGGUCUGAAAACCAGAAAUUCAGACAUGGCAGGUUGCUAAGGUACCACGUCAGUUGUUAACAUCACGAUGAGCGCACAACGACGGUAGCUGGAACGUUGUCGUGCGUCUCCCUCGCCCUCGCCACAGUAGGUGGGCUAAGUCAUGAAAUGUCGACCGAAAUUCCGAACUGCGUUUUCGUUUCGAAAAGAUUAAUAAAAUCGGGUUGUAAUAAUAAUCAUUGUUACCUCAGGAUGCCGGCUUUCGAAUGAACUUCCUUUCGGGUGCAUGCAAAAACUACACUCUGUAAAAAAACGACUACUUAAUUGGCAUGAAUUUUUCUCAUUUAUUUUCGAUGCCCCUAAAAGUCCACUUAUAUUUCAUAAAAACAUGCAUAUAAAUAUUCAUUCUUUCGCUAAUUCGGUAGAUAAUUACGUCUUCUUCAAAUCUUAUACUCGAGGAAGGGUAUAAUUCAGUUUUCAAAAACUUUUCCAAUUCCCGAAUAAUUUUGAACCCGCUCUACCGCUACACUUGGAUUCAGGGUUUCCAAACUACAAACCGUAUAUCUUCCGCGUACGAAUAACCACACAUUUCACUACGGUAAUAAAGCGGGACCACAUAGGGUUCAUAAAAGUUAGCAGUGGAUUUGAUCCAUAUUGCUAACUUUACGAGCCACAUCGGUAAAUGCAGACACAUGACGUUUUAUGAACGGCCACUUCACGGUAUUAAAAAAUCUCACAAUCAGAAAAGUUUUUGAAAACCGAAUUAUACCCUUCCUUCGAGUAUAAAAUUGGAAGAUGUAAUUUCCUGCCGAAUGAGCAAAAGAAUGAAUAUUUUUAUGCAUGUUUUCCAUGAAAUAUAAUUGGACUUUUAGGGGCAUCGAAAAUCAAUGAGAAAAAUAUAUGCUACUUAAGUAGUCAUUUUUUACAGAGUGUAGUCUUUGCAUGCAGCUGGAAGGAAGUUCAUUCGAAAGCCGGCAUCCUGAGGUAACUGAAAUAUUAUGGAAUUAUUUUGCGAGCUGACUAGUUUUACAACACUACUUAAUUAUUCUUUUCGAAACGAAAACGCAUUUAGGGAUUUUGGUUGGAAUUUCAUGAGUUAGCCCACCUACUGUCUAUCGAGCCGAUAUCAAUUCAUCGAGAUACCUAGCAAAACGGGGACAGCAGGAAGUACAGCAUUUCGUACGAUCCGUUUACCCAGGGAAAUGCUAUCGUUUGACACUAAUUCGACCUACAUUGUUUCUAUUGUCUCUUCCCAUCCUUCAAAACCCUCUACCAUAGUCUAUUUGAGCGACAAACCUACGAAAACGCAAUGUACCCACAACACUUUUGAAGUCGUGUGAAGGAGGAGACUUAUAUUGAAAAAACAAAAAAAAAAUCAGAUAUGUACAUUAAUCGUGGAAAUGUCAUAGGCCCAUGUCAGGGCAAUCCGUCGGCGAAUCAGCCGUAUACCCUGUCGAAGGUCCGAGGCUUGGAUCUACGAAGAAGAUCAGUGUGUAAUUAACCAUCAAGGAGCACCUACCGUUCGUUUGUACAGUGUUGUUGUGCUUCUGCACUCCUUUUGCUACAAUGACCAGUGACUGUUUAAGUCGCUUUGUUAAAGACAGCUCUAGGUCGACAAAAGUUGCCUUGCCGUCAGCACUCCAGAUUCCAAAAACUUUUACAGAUGGAGUAGUAAUGAGUUUAGUGAAAAUGCAUCCAUGAUGACCUUGUAUGUCGUAGAUCCUUAAAGGCCUUCCUUCAUUUCCCGCCGUGUGAAGAUUAUCUGGAGACUGAUGUACUUCAUAAAAAGGGCGUAGAAGAUCUUUUUGGUAAUGUCGUCUAACGAACUUCCGCCUAGACAAGCCAGGUAGGAAAGCAAAUGAACUUAUUAAUGAAAGCGGUCCGCACCUACUAGUUGACUGCAGAAGUGAUUGUCCGCUAGUCUUGCGUUCAGUUCGCGGCAUUCCGCAGCCGUUCUCAAAGGACAACCUACGGCAUUCACAUGAGGCCGAGUUGUCUCCGUGGCACUGGUGAUCGGCCGUCGAAUAACGGCCGAAUCCAACUCCCGUUGACCGCUCAGCAAGCUCGGACAAAGCAAUUAUGUCGGAGAAACUGGGAGAUUACUCCGUACGCGAAUUGCCGAGCACGCAGCAGCAGUGAGGCGGGGAGACGCUAACUCUCAGGUGGCGGCACACUCGACGGGACCCGGCCAUAUUUUCAAAUUUCAAGAGGCCGAAAUCCUCGCAAGGGGUGACAACCGCGUGAGCCGCGAGCUGCUCGAGUCAUGGUUCUCAGGCCCGCAAUCCAUCAACAAACACAAUGACCUCCCGGUACCCUAUAGCGUACUGCGAUUUUCCCUGGGCAGGAGAAUCAGUCACGUGGGGAGGGCGCGGGUGAGCAAUUAUCACGGUGACAGUGAGCUAGUUUGCCGAGCAAUCGUCACACCAGCAUCGAGCACGGAUGACGAAAUCGCGGCCAUUAACGACUCGGACUCGGACCACCAAGCCACCGCCGCAUCAAUUACGUCCCCAGCGGCGAUUGCGAGAACUGUUAAUUGCAGUGCGCAUACGGUCCCACGGCAGCCACGUGCUAUAAAUACUGCACUCCUGGUGC